AUGGUGUUCGGUGGUGUGGAGCGAGAGCGUAUUCAACUCAACGAAGAAACCCUUUGGGACGGUGGUCCCCGCGACACCAACAACCCAAAUGCUUUGGAAGCACUCCCGAAGGUGCAGCAGUUGCUCUUUGAUGACAAAAACGAAGAAGCCACUAAACUCGCUGGCGAGACGAUGCUUGGCGUACCAGAACGUAUCAAGUCCUAUCAAUCCUUGGGCGAUCUGUUUCUGGAGUUUUCGCAUGAUGGUGAUCCUACUGAGUAUCGCCGAGAGUUAAAUCUGAACACAGGUAUUGCAAAGACAACCUAUCGCUGCGGAGAUGUCAAUUUUAGCAGAGAAGUUUUUGCGACAGCGGUAGACAACCUCAUUGUCGUUAGAAUUGAAUCCGGCACGGCAGGGCAACUCGCUUUCGAUAUCGCGAUAACUCGGGAACAAGAUGCCACUGUUGAAGCAAUUGCCGCUAAUAUCCUUAGAUUGGAUGGGCAAUGUGGCAAUGAUGGGAUGCACUUUUCAGUGUAUCUACAGGUGCAAAUUGAGGGCGGGAAGGUCCAGUCGGAGAACGACCAGCUUGCUGUGCGUGACGCAAAUCGCGUGACGCUUCUUCUCGCUGCUGCGACAAGUUACAUUAAUCAGAACGACGCGAGUGGAAGCCCGCACGCGCUUUGCGAAGGUCAUCUCACUGAUAUUGACGCAAAAUCUUAUACGAAAGUUCGAGCAAAUCACAUUGCCGAUCAUCAGGACCUCUUUCAACGAGUGCAUCUGGAUCUCGGCACUACCGACGCUGCGAAUCUCCCUACCGACGAGCGCUUGGAAGCCGUAAAAGCAGGCGCAUCGGAUCCGGAACUUGUUGCCCUUUACUUCCAGUACGGACGCUAUUUGAUGAUGGGAAGUUCGAGACCAGGAUGCUUGCCUGCAAAUUUACAAGGCAUCUGGAACGAGCACAUGAACGCCCCUUGGAAUAGCGAUUUCCAUACCAAUAUCAACCUCCAAAUGAACUAUUGGGUCCCUGAGAUCUGCAACCUUGCGGAGUGCCAUAUUCCCUUAUUCGAUUAUAUGGAGACACUUGUUGGACCGGGGGGUCGCACAGCGAAGAGCCAUUACGGUGCCAACGGUUGGGUCGUCCAUCAUCUUUCUGACGUAUGGGGUUUCACAACGCCUGCUGAUGGCACUUGGGGUAUCUGGCCCGUAGGUGCCGCGUGGCUGUGUGAACAUGUGUGGGAACACUAUCUUUUCGGUGGCGAUAAAGAUUUUCUCAUAGGGCAGGGCUAUCCACUCAUGAAAGGUGCCGCCCGCUUCAUACUGGAUUUUCUCGUUGAGGCACCCGAAGACACGCCUCUCGCUGGUAAACUCGUCACGAAUCCGUCACACUCACCCGAAAACAGCUUCCUAAAGCCUGAUGGCACACGCUCCCUUUUUACCUACGCUGCAACGAUGGACCUGGAAAUUAUUCAUGAACUCUUUACCAACUGUAUCGCCUGCAUUGAUGUUCUUGAGGAAGAUGCCGAAUUCCGUGUUGAAUUAGUUUCCGCUCUCGAACGACUCGCACCGCUCCAGAUUAGUGAGAAAACAGGACGGUUGCAGGAAUGGGCAUUUGACUACGACGAACCGGAACCCGGGCACCGGCACAUGUCCCACAUGUAUGCACUCCACCCAAGUUGCCAGAUUACGCUGCGGGGGACACCGGAGUUAGCAACCGCGGCAAAGAAAUCGUUGGAAUAUCGCUUGGCGCAUGGGGGUGGACAUACGGGUUGGAGCCGUGCAUGGCUCGUCAACUUCUCGGCACGGCUUGAGGAUGCCGAGGAGGCGUACACGCAUCUCCAAGCACUUCUGGCGAAAUGCACCUUAACGAACCUGUUUGAUACACAUCCACCUUUCCAAAUCGAUGGAAAUUUCGGGGGAACCUCCGGCAUCGCAGAGAUGUUGCUUCAGAGCCACGCGGAUGAGAUUCACCUAUUGCCCGCGCUUCCGAAGGCGUGGGGCACAGGAAAUGCCAGUGGAUUGCGUGCCCGCGGCGGAUUUGAAGUGGCAAUGGCAUGGGAGAAUGGACAACUCACCGAGGCACACCUGCAUUCCACAUUGGGAGAAGACUGCACUGUCCGAACAGCCGCAACUGUUUCGGUGACAUGUGAUGGUGUGCAGGUUGAAACAGAGCAAUCGGAGUCGGUUGUCACGUUUGGAACAGAGGCACGGAAAACGUACGCACUAUCGGUUUUGAGCUAA